AAUAGAAGGUUUAGCGCCUAGUGGAAUCUCCACGACAGCAGCGAAGCAGCCAGUAUAGGCACGUAGCCUGUCGGAGGAGGAAGGGGGGGGGAAGGAAGUAGCAGUUGAAGCUCCUUGAGAGACACCCCAAUGCCCUUCAGACGCGGUCCUGGUUUGAUAGGGCCCGGAGGAGCUGCAGCGUCCCUUUGAGAAGGAAAUCUCGGGAAACAUGGAGGUGAAUUGUUUAACACUAAAAGAUCUGAUCCGCCCAGGACAUGGAAGAAUAGAUUUUACAGAUGAAGAUGGGGAAAAUGCACAAAAGGAAAACAUAUUUGAUCGACCCCGAAUGAUCCCAAAGACUCCAAUGAAAAAUGAACCCAUUGAUUUGUCAAAGCAAAAAAGCUGUAUCCCUGAAGGAAGUCCAAUUACACCUGUUAAGCUGACUGAUAGGCCCCUGACAGAACCAUGGACCCCUACAGCUAACUUAAAGAUGCUUAUUAGUGCUGCUAGUCCUGACAUGCGGGACAGAGAAAAGAAAAAAGAGCUCUUCAGACCCAUUGAAAACAAUGAAUUCAACAACGUUUUUCAUUCUUUGCAGUGUGAUGGUGUAGAUGAUGAAUACGAAAAGCAGAGGCCCAGCAGAAAGCAGAAAAGCUUAGGACUCUUAUGCCAGAAGUUUCUGGCUCGCUAUCCCAAUUACCCUUUAUCAGCAGAAAAGAUGACAAUAUCUCUGGAUGAAGUGGCCUCUAGUCUUGGAGUUGAACGCAGACGGAUUUAUGACAUAGUGAAUGUCCUGGAGUCCCUUGAUCUUGUUAGUCGAGUGGCUAAGAAUCAGUAUUGUUGGCAUGGUCGGCACAGCUUGAGCCAAACUCUGAAAAACCUCCAGGAAAUAGGAGAGCUGCAAAAAUAUGAAGAACUCAUGGCUUAUUUCCAACAUAAAGAGCUCGACCUUGAGUGUCGAUUUGGUGAGCACAAAAAAGAGACCUUUUUAGAUUUCCAAAACCGACUGUUGCUUGACCUCUCAGAGACAGAUUGCCCGUCUGCGUCUGCAAACAGCAGAAAGGACAAGUCAUUGAGGAUUAUGAGCCAAAAAUUUGUCAUGCUGUUCCUCGUCUCCAAGACCAAGAUAGUCACUCUAGACAUAGCAGCAAAAAUAUUGAUAGAAGAAAGCCAAGAUACAGCGGAUCACAGCAAGUUUAAAACAAAGGUACGAAGACUCUAUGAUAUUGCCAAUGUUCUGACAAGUCUUGGGCUCAUCAAGAAAGUGCAUGUAACAGAAGAAAGAGGACGUAAGCCUGCCUUCAAAUGGAUUGGGCCAGUGGAAUUCACUGAAGACAGUGGUGGUGGAAAGAUGGACAUUUCAACCUGUGCUGCUGUAACAGAAGGAGAAGGGUCACUGCAUGUUCCACGCCAAAGUUCUGCUAACAGAAAAGAGCGUCUGUCACGCCAUGCUUCCUUUAACGUGGCUCCACCUUCCGAACUGGUCAAGAGGAAGGUCAGCUCCGAACCCAGCAGCCCACACAGAGGGAGGCAAGAUGAUUAUUGCUCCAAAACGAUUAAUCUGGGAUCUGUUUGCUACCACAAAAUAGAAGGUGAUACAAGUAAAGCUUUGGAAGCAGCAAGAAACCCGGGCAUCAUUCCUCCCUUCUCUGUUCUUCCAUUUCCUGGAGACUUAGAAUACUGUCUUAAUGCCUUCCCUCCCACCUCCUCCAGUACCGGUUCAAACACAUCAGGACAGUCUUUGCCAAAUGGAAUAAAUGACCAGAGUCUGUCAUCUCCUGCUCUGUCGGCUUCUGAAACCGAGACUGGGAAAAACUCUGUGCUUCCUAACCAACCUUUUGUUUAUUUGCUAUCUCCGUCACUUUAUAUGCUGUGUGGCAGUCUUCAGGAAAACCUCUCAAAGGAAACCUUUUCGGACAAGGGAAGUGGAGACCAUGGAAGGGGCCAGGUUUCACCUUGCCAGCCAGAAACUGCUGAAUCUAACAUGAACUGUCGGAAGCGGAGUUCCCCGAAGUGUGUGCCUUCAAUUGUAGCUUCAGCUGAAGAGGGACCAUCAGCUAAAAGACAAAGCCUGGACCAGAAUGAUGGUCCCAUUUCACUGGUGGUAGACAAGAAGACUAUUAAACCAGAAGAUGCAGAAUCUUCCCCAGAUAGUAACUGUGGUUCCAUUAGCCAACUAAAAGACUUUCCGCUUGAACCAGAGACUCCUGCUGUCGUGGAAGCUGCCGUGAGAGACACAGUUAAAUCUUUAGAAACUCGGGAGCAAGAAAAAGCAUUCAGGAAUAAAGAUCUGAAAGAAAAUACAAAGGAGAGUGAACAGACAUCUCAAGAAAAUAGCAAACCGUUUCCCUUACCACAGUAUCUCUACGUGGCGCCUGCAGCUGGUUUAAAUGGUUUUAAUUUCCUGUUCCCUGCCAGCCAGGCUCCUGGUCCUGUCAGCCUACCUGCGAGCCAUUUGCCUUCACUUAAUGUUCCCUAUAUGAUGGUUCCUUCUACAGCGCUGGCACCGUUCCCUGUUAUCUAUUCCCCAGCAGUAACUACAAGCCAACUUUCUUCUGCUCCUCCUGGCUCCUUCCCAAAUGUCACAUGCAUGAAUUUGAGUAUGUCUGGCCUGACAUCGACAACACCUGUUUUCAUUGGGACCCCAGCAGUUGUUACUCCAAAUUCGUCACAGCUACCAACACUGGAACCACACCAGCAAAUUCACUCAGCCGUACACCUGAGCCCUGUAUUAGGAAGUGCUUGCAGCUCCGUGAAAGCAGACUCACCAGUUUGCAUGGGCCACCCUGUUACUGUUCUGAAACUACAGCAGCCUUCUUCAACCCCAUUGACUCCUAAGAACAUGCGUCCUGCACCGCAAGAAGCCUUUUUCAAGACACCCGGCAGCUUGGAGGAUCCUGUUAUGUGGCGAAAAAACGAAGGCAGUCAGAGCAGAACCGCAAGUUCUGUUCAGAGAAGAUUAGAAAUCUCCAGCAACAGCACUGACUAAUCCAACCCACUGCUGAGGUGCAGGCAGCUUAGAACAGAGCCAUUAUACAUGUUACAGAGAGAAUCAAUUAUUACAUGAGAGAAGGAGGGAGAAUGUGUUAAACAACCGUUCCAAAGGCACACUUUCCCAGUGAACAUUUUGACCACUAUUCUAUUAACUUUUUUCUCAUGUGAUUCACCCUAGUUAUAUAAAACUAAUUCUAAUCAAAUUUUUAGACUAUGUAUGUGCCAGGGUAUGGGAAGCUUCCAUUCCACUGGGGGAGAUCUUAAGAAAAAGAAAAGUUAAUCUUAUUUGUGAUAGGAUGUGUGAACAGGUUCAACUGUGUUGGUCCCAAAAGGGGAAGCUGGCAAGCACUUAUAUAUAGGGUGGGACACUCUUUAAAAGUAGUCUGGUUAUCCUGUGUCAGUAUGUGAGGUGGGCAGGGAGGAUCUCUGUGUGAAGUAGCAGAGCAGCUGCUCCUUUGUCUUGGGGUUGGACUGCAGUCCCAUGGACAUCACUUGCAACUUCAGAACCGCAAGCUUUUGCAGAGUACUUGAAUGUGACUGAUGUACAAUUUUCUCUGCACUUGUUAAGCAAAGGUCAGAUAACUUGCAGUACAGAUGAAUGUUCUUCUGUGAAAUACGUCAAGACCAAAAUAACUGUGAAGUUUAAAAUUUUCCAGUGGGGUUUGUAUUAAUAAGCAUUGUAGUUCUCUAUUCUUUCUUUGUUUCUGCACAAAAUGUAAAUGUUGCUUAUGAAUUAGCACAAAAGCUUUUCCUGAACCUAAAAGGAGCCUUUUUCCAACCUGGUAGCCUCUAGAUGUACAGUGGUGCCUCGCUUAACGAGCGCCCCAUUUAAUGAUGAAUCUGCAUA